CCGCCAGCAAAGGAAGCAGGCGGUCAGUGUGGAAAUGUGAAGUCUUCAUUCCUCCCCCUCUCCCACCACCUUUGUUCCCUCCAAUCAUGCGGAAAGCAGAGUUAAUGGUUGAUGUAACAGAACACAUCAGAGGUCCUAAAGGAGAAAAAGGUUGUAGGGGACCCAGAGGACCAAAGGGUCAGCCUGGUGUGAUUGGUCUAGAGGGAGAAUGUGGAGUGCAAGGAGCCAUGGGACAGCCAGGUCAAAAGGGAGAGAAGGGUGACAGAGGCUGGAGGGGCCUGUAUGGAGACAUAGGAACUCCUGGGAUGAUAAAGGGCAGUAAAGGGCAUAAGGGACUUAGUGGUGAUAAAGGUGUCAAAGGAAAGAGAGGCCUCGGGGGAGAGAAGGGGGAGCACGGCAUCCCCGGAAUGCCAGGAGAGAAGGGUGACCCAGGCCAAUGGGGCGACUCAGGGAAGAGGGGGAAGGAGGGACCCAGAGGAAAGCCUGGGGGCAGGGGGAGCAUGGUAGGCACAUAG